CACUGACAGUAGGACGUUAAACACCAUUUCAUGGAAAGGCAAAGUUUUAUUUUCGCAAUAUUGAUAUCUGCAUAACAGGGCUACAGCGUAUCGUACAGCGUCAUUUCAAUGAAUGUAGGAGAAUAAAUGCUCUGAGAACCCAUGCACCCCUCUCCGCCUGAAUGCAAGGCAAAGAAUGGAUAUUUCAACCAAGUCAUCGGAUCCGACUCCACCCAACUCAGAAUCAGCGCCGCCAGUCACUUACGCAUCGGCUUCUACAACAGUAGCAUCUAGCUCGGCAAAUACAGUCUCUACAAACAGAAAUCAGAUACCGAUACAGUCUCCUACAGCAAUAGCCUCUUCUACAUCGACUACACCAUCGCAGAAUAAAACUGUCACAUGUAGUUCGGCAAAUACAGACUCUGCAAACAGAAAUCCGACACCGACACAACCCACUACAACAGUUGACAGUUCCACCAUGGAUCCGACACGUCCUGGAAAAGAAAAUUCUAGAGCCCUGGCCACCUGUAGUGACCAGAACUCUAGAGUGGAUGGACAGACAUCUGGGACUGCCAAUAACGUCGACAAAAAGAACAUAUUUGAUGGUCAGGAUGGAACAAAAAACACACCUGAUGGCAAUAGUGGUGAUGAUAAAAAGACAAUAACGGAAGAUCAGGUUUUCGUGUUUGGUAAUGCGGCAACAGUCGACAAAAAGAACAUAUUUGAUGGUCAGGAUGGAACAAAAAACACACCUGAUGGCAAUAGUGGUGAUGAUAAAAAGACAAUAACGGAAGAUCAGGUUUUCGUGUCUGGUAAUGCGGCAACAGGAACUGUUAGGAACAUCAGUAUCCCUAGAUUGACUUUUGGACUUGCUAGUCAGUGUGGUGUUAGUAGUGAUAAUAGGAAAAAGAGAACUGAUGGUGGCGGUCACAGCAGUAAAUCAUCUGGUGGUCAGGGUGGCGGUGGUGGUCACAGCGGGGAAUCACCUGAUGGUCAGGGUGGCGGAUCAAACCAGAAUACAUUUGGUGGUCAGGGUGGUGGUGGUGGUCACAGUAAGAACCCAUCAGAUGGUGAGGGUGGCGGCGUUGAUGAUAACAACAAGAAAUCAUCUGGUGGUGCGGGUGGCGGUGAUGAUCACAGCACGAAAUCAUGUGAUGGCGAGGGUGGCGGUGAUGAUCACAGCAGGAAAUCAUACGAUGGUCAGGGUGGUGGUGGCGGUCAUAGCAGUAAAUCAUCUGAUGUUCAGGGUGAUGGUGGAUCAAACCAGAAUACAUCUGGUGGUCAGGGUGGCGGUGGUGGUCACAUCGGGGAAUCACCUGAUGGUCAGGGUGGCGGGGAUGGUUACAGCAGGAAAUCAUCUGAUGGUCAGUGUCAUGGUGGAUCAAACCAGAAUACAUCUGGUGGUCAGGGUGGUCGUGGUGGUCACAGUAAGAACCCAUCAGAUGGUGAGGGUGGCGUUGAUGAUAACAUAAGGAAAUCAUCUGAUGGUGAGGGUGGCGGUGAUGAUCAGAGCACGAAAUCGUGUGAUGGCGAGGGUGGCGGUGAUGAUCACAGCAGGAAAUCAUACGAUGGUCAGGGUGGUAGUGGCGGUCACAGCAGUAAAUCAUCUGAUGGUCAGGGUGAUGGCGGAUCAAACCAGAAUACAUCUGGUGGUCAGGGUGGCGGUGGUGGUCACAGCGGGGAAUCACCUGAUGGUCAGGGUGGCGGUCACAGCAGGAAAUCAUCUGAUGGUCAGGGUGGCGGUGAUGAUCACAGCAGAAAAUCAUCUGAUGGUCAGGGUGGCGGUGAUGAUCACAGCAGGAAAUCAUCUGAUGGUCAGGGUGGCGGUGGUGGUCACAGUAAGAACCCAUCUGAUGGUCAGGGUGUCGGUGGUGGUCACAGCAGGAAAUCAUCUGAUGGUCAGAAUGAUGGUGGUUCAAACAAGAAUACAGUUGAUGGUGAAGAGUUCAGUAACGAAGACAAAGGAACUGACAGUGAUAGUUUUGGCGAUGAUGAUGGACCCCCUGGUACCAGACGUUCUUCUAAACAACAAAGUUCAAAAAGACAAAUAUCACCACCACGUAACAGAGAUGUCUGUGACUUUCAUAAACACGAAGAAGCUUCAUUUUAUUGCCCUGGGAACUCUCGGUAUAUAUGCAACAUCUGUUUUCUACGCGAUCGAAACGUGGAAGCAGACGCGAUCCAGGAACAUAGAAAAGAGGUAAAAGGCGAGCUUAAACACUUGAAGUUGGAAGUAGACGAACAAAUUCGAAAAUGUAAGUCUAAUAUCGAUUCUUUGCACCAUGAACAAAAGGAGAUCCGCAAGUCCACGGCACAAAUCAACACGAGGGUAGAUGAGCAGGUAAAACGUUUGUGCGAUAAAAUAAAAAGUUUCGGUGACGAUAUUAAAAAAAACAAUGGUAAAAUGUGUUACACAAACAACGAACAAAUAAAGGAAUAUUCUCAGAAAAUGAAGGCAUGUAAAUCAGAAUUGGAGUCCAUUUCAAAACGCAUUAAAAAUUCCAUAGCAAACACAUCGGUUCGGAACAUGUCAGAGUCUUCGCGUAAAUUUCAGAAAGAAAUAGAAAACCAAGAAGAACUGGAGGCCCCGUUGGAAUUUCCCGAAUUACAGAAAGUUGAAUUUAAUGAAGCUGAAUUGGACGAAUUCCGAAUUACGUCAUUAAUGGAGAUGCUUGGUACCUUAGACGUAAACGAGAGUAGUUUGUGGGCAGAUUUGUCCAGAGACGAUGUAGACGAGGUCGAGAAGGUCGACGAGAUUGAUAGUACUAAAGAAAACACCGAGAAAUCAGUCGGUCUCAUUGAAGAACUCGAAGCCAUAGCUGAUGAUACAGCAGAGGGAGAAGCUGAAAGUAUCCACCAAGAAGACAUUAAGGGAUUGGUGAGAUACGAAGUUACUAACCAAAUACAGGAAUUACUCCAAUCAAGGGAUGGUUACAUAAUGAUGCAAGAACUUUUGGGUAAUGAAAAUGGACAACAUCAUCUGGCUGAGGUCCUUAGAACAGAGCAAGGAAGCAUGUUUGUCAAAGAAUUUCUAAUAACGGAAUAUGACCAAACCUUACUUAAAGAGUUACUGUCGACAGAUUCUGGACAAUUGUGUCUUAAAUCCUUCUUUUCCACUCCUCGUGGAAAAAAAAUUUUUGACCAGUUUAUUAUAUGCAAACAGGGCUUGGAGUUGGUAAGAGCCUUUUUGAAUACUGAAUCUGGACUUCUUUUGGUAUCUCAGUUUCUUAUCACCGAGAAAGGGCUAGCACUGGUAGAAACUAUUCUGUCUAAGCAGCAGUACGCACUACCAUUGGUUAAAAAAUUCAUACGGUCCGAAAUCGGUAAAUCACUGGUUGAGAAUUUUAUUUCAAAUCCUGAUGGAAUUUUGCUGCUUAAAAAAGUUCUUCUUACUUCAAAUGGACGUCAGUUGAUCAAAGAAUUCCUUCCAAACCAAGUGGGUAAAAUUUUAGUGAAAGAAUUUUUGAUAGGGGGAAUAGGAAGAAAUCUAUUAAAGCAGAUACUCACUGAGCAAUUUGGACUCUCCUUGAUGAAGGAAUUUAUAAUUACGUCUCACCAAGGGAAAGCGCUUUUACAAGACUUGCUGAACACCACAACUGGUCAGUCUGAGAUACGAAAAUGGCUGCCUUCGAAUACUGGGAACGCUUUACUCAGACAAACUCUCGAAACCGGCCAAGGUCUUGCGUUAGUGAGGGAAUUUCUGGAUACAAAUAUUGGUCGAGCUUUGGCGAAAGAAAGAAUCGAUGCUGAUAGACCUACCUACAUAGAAAAUAUUGAAAUGCAGAACGUCCAAUCUUUACCCUGGUUGAUCGAGUAUAAACCUGGAAAUACCAACCUAUCAAUCGUUUUAAGGUUAGCAAUGCCCGAGACUGAUCAUUUCCUCAAUUGGGUGUUGGUCAAUUUUUCCCUGACAUUAGAAAAUAACAAAAACGAAGAGGAGUCGAUCAGGUUAGAAAAUAUCAUAUACAGAUUUAAGCCUGGUUCUACCUAUGUCUGGUCGGACGUUAUACCUUUAAACGUUUUAGACAGUCCUCAAAAUGGCUACUUAAAUGAAUCCGGUGAGAAUACGGUGACUGUCCGCAUUGAUCGAUUGGAUUACUACUAACCUGUCUAAUUAAAAUUAUUCCGGAAUUUCGUUCCGUUUUAUUUUUCGAUUGUUUACUCAAUUUCAUCUUAGUCUAAAGACAUUUUGUUUUUCUAUGAUUUCUAAAAUGUCGGUUGUUCAUGAGCUCUCUCCUGAAUGCAAAGCAAGAAACGCCCAUGUUCAUUUCGCAGAAAUUUCGUUAACCUUUUUUUCGAUACAUUUGUAAAAUUGUAAUUAUUGCCCCCGACAUAAUACAAUCUGUAGCUAUAAUGAUAUACACCGAACUCCCCGAGGUUUUUUAAACUAGAUUGUAUCCCAGAUAUGAGAAAAAUCUGCGAAUACAAUCUCUCACAAAGAGUUUCAACGUUAAACUCUCGUUAAAAUGUUUUAGUGGUUUCACUCAAUUUAAUGAAAGUACUAAAAAAUAAAUAAAGUCCUACGCAAACAUAUUAAGUAAUGUUCGAAAGAGAAAAUUUUUUUGUUAAUAACCCGCUAUUUAAACCUUUAAUUUCAUAGCAACCUUCGUUUUAUUUGUUUGUUUUGCUGGCUUUUUGUUUUUUGUUACUGUCAAAUAUAUUUAUAUCGCAUGUA